AUGACAGACCCCGCAGCUCCCCCCAUGCCCAACCCAAUAGCAGAACUCCUAACAACCUACAACGCCCUAAACAGCUCUAUCGACGAGCUCACCGAGAUCCCCUCCCCCCUAGAAUUCAUGCGCUAUGUAUCCCGCAACCGCCCUUUCGUUGUGCGCGGCGGUGCGAACGAUUGGAAGGCGACGCAGACGUGGAGUGUGGAUGUGCUGAAGGAGAGGAUGGCGGGGAUGGGUGUUAAUGUUGCUGUUACGCCGAAAGGAAAUGCAGAUGCACCCGUGGAGAGCGAGGAUGGGGAAAUACUCUUUGUGAAACCGUGGGAGGAAGAGCAGGAUUUCGAGGAGUUUAUGGAUUUUGUGAUCCAGCAGGAGGGGAGUGGAGAGAUGAAUGGUGAGGUCAGAUAUGCACAAACACAAAACGACAACCUCCGCGCCGAAUACUCAGCCCUGUUCACCGACGUCGCCUCCAGCAUCCCCUUCGCACGAAUCGCGCUGCAGAAGCCCCCAGAAGCCAUAAACCUCUGGAUCGGCAACUCCGCCUCCGUGACCGCGCUGCACAAAGACAACUACGAGAACAUCUACGUGCAGAUAAUCGGGCAGAAACACUUUGUUCUACUCCCGCCGCUCGCUUACGCGUGUGUGAAUGAGCAGGAAUUGAGGCCUGCGAGUUAUGUGCGGGAAGGGGGGGAGUUAGUAGCGAAGAGGGAGGAUGGUGAUAGAGUGCCGUUUGCGCUGUGGGAUCCGGAUGGGCUGGGCGUGGGGACGAGGUAUUCGGGGUUGGCGAGGCCGGUGAGGGUUAAUUUGGGGAAGGGGGAUAUGUUGUAUUUGCCUGCUUUGUGGCAUGAUAUGGAGUUUGGUGGAAGUUUCUACCCACUUUGUGGAUUUGCUAGGAAUGUAGCACUGAAUACUUUUGUUGAUUGA